CCACCAAAAUCACGGCAGCUUCCCUUCUGAAUCGAAUCGAAUCAGAAACCAGCCAUGGUCAUACCACUCUCUCUUUGCACAUCUGCACCAAGCCUGAGUUCUGAACCUGUGCAUCAGCAUGGACCAAGAGAAAGAGACUCCACAGAAGAGGCCAUCAGUACCUCCAGCCGAUGCGCAAGCCCUAGCAGAGCGGCUCGAUGGCUUGGAAGCGACGGCGGCUUCUGUAGGAGUACCAAGCCUUCCGCCACCACUGGCGGAUGUCCCUUCCAAGGAUUCUGCUCGAGACGAAGACGAUGGUACUGAGAAGAAGCAAAAACGUGCUGAUGAUAAGGAUGCAAGGGGCCUUCUUAACGAGGAUGUUCUGAAUCAGAUUGAACCCCUUCCUGUGCCUUCGCAGAGCGGCAACUCACAGCCAGGAGCCUAUAGCGUUGGCGAGCCAGCUCGCCUACGAGGCAUUCAAGCAGUGUCAUUCAGAAGCAGUGCACAGAUGGAAGAGGGAUCUACCCCCCUUACCACCGCCAAUGUCAUCAUGGGAGCGACCUUAGUCGAUUACAACGGAGAAGAGGCCCAUAUGAUGGAAGUGGGGCACAUGACAGUUGAUUGCCAAACAACCAGCGGCGAAGAAGUCGUUGUGGACGCCAAGAUCCUGAGUGAAUCCAACCACGAGCAGCCAAUCCCAAUGUUAUGUAAGAUUCUGAUCAUUGCCUUCAUCUUUGUUUCGGCUGUACUUUGUGCACUUGUACUGGGAGUGUCCUCCUCAUCUUCAUCCAACCCCGAUGGCAUCGAUGAUGGCAACCCAAGCCCGCCCAUCCUAGAAAUCACUGUAGGAACACUCUACCCACCUUUUCAAGAUCAUCUGCCUGCUGCUACUAUAAAGGCUAUUCAAGAUGUUGACAGCCCCCUAUACGAGGCAAAUAGAUGGAUGCUACAGGAUCCCAACCUCAAGAACUACCCUCGGGAGCGCCAGAGACAGAGAUUCUACAUGGCUAUGCUCUACUAUGCCACCAAUGGAGAUUCUUGGCUCCAACAGGAUGGCUGGAUGAGUUACAAUAUCUCAGAAUGUCAAUGGUUCACCUCCAGCAGCUACUCCACAGAUUAUCCUUACUACUGGGGUCAUGUUUGCAAUGAAAACCAGACUGUUGUUUCAUUGAGUCUGGCCAAGAACAAUCUUACAGGAAGCCUUCCAAUUUUCCCCACUGAGUUAUUACCAAAGCUCCAAGUCUUUGAUAUAGCAGAAAACCACAUUGCUUCCUCCUUGCCUCCAUUCAACUCCAGUCCACACCUACAAGUCCUGGCGUUUUCACGCAAUGAGUUCUCAUCCCGUCUCAGAGCCAAUGGAGGAUUCAACUUUCCUAAACUUCAAGUUCUUCGGAGUGAUGGCAACCGACUCCAGAGUGGAGUACCCAACCGUAUGGCUUACAUGUUGGAACAUUUUCAGCAUUCCCUGGAAAUUGCCAAUUCAACGGAUAAUCUCUUUUCCGGUGCAAUCCCACCUUCCUUGGGACUUUGUACCAAGCUCAUCUACUUUUCUCGUGGCAAUUUCUUGAAGGGAACCAUCCCAAGUGAGAUUGGGCUCAUGGCAGAAAAACUGCAACAUUUUGAUGUGUCCAAGAAUGUGGACAUUCAUGGCACACUCCCUGUGGAGUUGGGGGCAUUGACAGCGUUGACCCGGCUGGAUAUUGCAGGAACUACCAUCACUGGCCCCAUACCAGAGGCACUGUGUGACCAAGCCAGACUAGGAAUCCUGGACAUUGCUGCGAAUUGCAGUUUGGUUGAUUGUUGCCACCAUAAAUGAAGCCUAAUUUUUAGAACACCCUGUCUCCUUUUC